AUGCGUGUCUCCUCCAGCGUGCACCAGCCCGCGGGCGCCCGCCACGUGCGCGCCCCCCCGCGCCGCGCCGCGCCCCCGCCCCCCCGCGCCGGCAGCAACGGCAACGGCGCCUCCGGCCCCGCGCCCAGCCCCCAUCCGGCCCAGCUGCUGUCUUACUUGGGAGGUGCCCCCGCCGCGACGCUCGAACCCCAGGCCAAUGGGAAGGCGCGGCCCGCCAAGGGCGACGAGGCGGCGGCACAGCAGCAGGCGCCCGCGGGCGGCGCCAGCAAGACGACUCUGCUGCCUGUGUAUGCGCCCGACGAGGUGUUCGUGUGCCCCGAGGAGUCGAGCUGCUACUCUCAGGCUCUCGAGAAGCUCGUUUUCGGCAGGCCCGACGCCCCAGAGACCGUUGUGGAGUUUGGGGCGGGUGACGGGGCCCCCGUGAUCUCUGCGCUGCUCAAGACGCCCUAUGACGGCGCAUGCACCGCGUUUGAGCUCAACGCGUCGGCGGCGCAGGUCGCCAGGAGCCGCGCCCAGCAGUUUGGCCUCGGCAGCAGGUAUGAGGUCCGCACAGGCUGCUUUUUCGAGGGCGCCGCCAGCCACCUUGAGGCGCUCAGCCCAGAGGACGACUCCAGCUGCCUCAUUAGUAACCCGCCCUACCUGCCGGCCCGAGACCCCGAGGGCCUGCUGAUGCCGGCCCUGUACGGCGGCAGGGACGGGGCGGAGCUCACGCGGCAGCUGCUGUCCCUGGGCUUCCCGCGCGCCAUGAUGCUCGUGUCUGCCUACUCCAACCCGGUGUCUGUCCUGCGCCACGCCGCCAAGGAGGGAUACGGCGUGUACGACUUCUCCGCCUGGCCCCUGCCCUUCGGCACCUACUCGUCGCAGCCAGAGGUGCGGCAAUGGAUAUCAGAGAUGAAGCGCCGCGGCGAGGCCUUCUACUCCGAGCGCUCUGGGAUGUACCUCAUCGCCGGCGUCCUCUUCCGCAAGCGCAGCUCUGACGAUGACUGGCCGGACCUCUCGGCCGACGUUCUGCGCGUGCUGACCGCCCUGUAG